AUGGCCACCGCCUGCAAGACCCCGGUCGCCGCGGCAGCUGCCGUACUCCUGUUGCUUAUCGUAGCCGUCGCCGUCGCCCCGGCGUCAGCCAGCAGCAUGACGGGUUAUUCGCAGUCGGGUUGCAGUGGGAACCGCAGAAGGUGGGGAUGUGGUGCGUGCUACAACCUCGCCGGCUACAAGGGAGGCUACUUCUUCGACUACUCGGGGGGCCAGGUGGGUAGGCUCUACCGCGGGUCGAACUGCCAAGGCUCCUAUGACUCCGUCGGCAGGGACGUCCGCCGUUGCUCUCCCUACGCCUAUAACAGCUUCCGCAUAAUGUGCUGA